GUUCCUUAAACCCUAACAAUAUGUUCAGUUCAAAGAUGACCAAAAUUCCGCGGAAAAUCUGUUUUAGUCUUCUGUUGUCCUUCAACGUAGAGCUCGCUCGCUCUCUCUCUCUCUCUCACACACACAAAUAUAGAGAGGGAAUUUGAUCGAUUCUCAUGCAAUCCACCUUAUACACUGCUUCCAAUUUUGCUCCUCGUUUCCAAUAUCCAUGGAAACCACACAAAACCCACAUUCUAGUUCCCCAAAAAAUCAUACCCAUUAAUACCAAAUCUUCUCUUAAGCCCCUAACUCUCUCAAACUCCUUAAAAACCUCCUUGGGUUUCGAAUUCGAAGAAGAAAAGCUUCACGAAGAAGAUAAACCCGCCGUUCCGGCACGCCUCCCUGUCGUAAUUCGACGGUCGGGUAGCGUUUCUCGGUACUUUUGGGAUGGAAAGAAGCUAAAUUUGGUUUCUGUUGAUGGAAAUGCCUCUUCUUUGUGGUGGUUCGGUUCUGAUUUUGAAGAUGGGUUUCGGAAAUUAUUGAGAUUGUGUAGUUCUGCAAUUAGGAAUUUUUUUCUUCCGACGGAAAUUAGUGGGAAUUAUCUGGAGUAUGUGAAAUGGAAAUUCUUCCAUAGGGUCUUCAGUUCUGCACUUCAAGUUCUUGCUACUCAGGCAUUGUUUCGAGCAAUUGGAAUUGGGUACUCCCGUUCACUCCCAUCAGCUGCUGCCCUGAAUUGGGUCUUGAAGGAUGGACUUGGACGGCUAAGUAGGUGCAUCUAUACUGCCAGCCUAGCGUCUGCUUUUGAUACCAAUUUAAAGAGAGUUAGGUUCUGGACAUCCGUGCUGUUCAGUUUGAGCAUUGGAGUUGAGUUGCUGACUCCGGCGUUUCCCCAAUACUUCUUGCUUCUCGCAUCUGUAGCCAACAUUGCUAAACAAAUUAGCCUUUCAUGCUAUCUGGCAACUGGUUCGGCUGUUCAUCGGAGUUUCGCAAUAGCGGAUAACCUUGGUGAAGUAUCUGCGAAGGCACAGAUUCAAACAGUCUGCUUCGACAACAUUGGCCUUAUGCUUGCUGCAAGCUUGAACAUUUUGUUGAAAAACAGUCCAAGAUUGCAAGCAGGUUUACCCUUUGUUGUAUACCCAAUCUUCUCGGCAAUUGACCUUUUUGGAAUUUAUCAAGGGCUGAAGCACGUCCAUCUGCAAACACUAACUAAGGGUAGGCUUGAGAUUAUAAUUAAUACAUGGAUUCAGUUUGGAUAUGUUCCUUCCCCCGCAGAAGUGAGUAAAGAGGAAGGAAUCGGUUUGCUGUGCAGCAAAGAUCUAUCUACAUCAGGCACAGAACCGUGGCCUCUCAGAAUCGGUUGCUUAUAUUCCAAGAGUCAAAUACCAAUGUUGUCAAUGAUGACAAUGCGAUCUUUGAACGAUGAGGAUUUCUACUUCAUUUGCUUGGAGACCUUCUGCAGAGGAUUGUCAAGAAAUGAGCAACAAGGUAUUCUUCUUUGUCUGCGGGAAGGGGCAGGCACAGCAGAUGUGAUCAUGGGUCUGUUGCAGGCAUGCUAUAUCCGCAAGGGCCUCCUAUCGAGUAAGAGCAGCUGGGAGAAUAUUCUGGACGCUCAUGACAUAUCCGAUUCAGUUAUCAGGGAUUGGUUUAAUUUAUUUGAAGAUAGCAAGCGAUGCGCACAGGGGGAUUUGGUCUUGUUGAAUGAAAGAAUGUUAGGGUUAGGGUGGGCUUGUAAAAAUAUCCUACUGAGUACACAGGAGCAAGCUCGGUAUAGUUUUGUAGAUGACUGAUGAUAUUAGGGUUUUUUUUAAAAAAAAUUGCCUUUUGUUUACUGACGAGUUUGGAUAGUUGUCUUAUAGGAAGGAUUAAAUUCACAAGUCCACUCCAUUAGUGGUCAGUUACUCUAUUGUAUAAGCUUUGGAAUAGCUUAUAGUAAAAAAGCUAAAUGUGUGAACUGUUAAGUCAUCUGUAACAUUAUGUUUGGACUGCUUGUACAUGUGGGAUUAGUAUUUCCUCCCACCUCUACCUCCUCAUUCUCUUCUUCUUCCUUGCUACGCGGGAAGCUAUUCACCUUUGUGAGAUAUUAGGAUCUGGUUGUAUAAUGUAAUAUAAAUUUUCUAAUUUUACAGAUUUAAUAGCAGCGUCUUGUUCUUGUU